AUGGGCGACAAGUCGGAGGUCUACUUCUACAUCCCCAACCUCAUCGGCUACGUCCGCGUGGCCCUCACGGCCUACAGCUUCUACGUGGCCGAGACAGACUGGAAGACGAGCAUCAUCUGCUACGCCUUCAGCUUCAUCUGCGACUACUUUGACAGCUUCUUCGCCCGCUGGUUCAACCAAUGCUCGACGUUUGGCGCCGUCCUCGACAUGGUCACGGACCGCUGCUCGACGGCGGGCCUCCUCGUGAUCCUCUCGCACCUCUACCCGGCGUACAAGCUCGCGUUCCUCUUCCUCCUC